CUUUCAUUUGCGCUCCUGAACGGACCAGCUUCAACAAAUCCUUCCCUAUGACGCCGUCGCUAUUCCUACUCCUAUAAACACUGGGCAAAUACUCUUCGGCACCCUAGAGCCGACAUCGAUGCCUUUGUAAUCUUCAGUCUAGGCCGAACACACCCCACAAUCGCGUCGCCAAACCCGCUUUUCCAGCGGCAUGUCGGAACAAGAAGAGAAGAACGCGGAGAGCAUAGGUGACGCAGAUGGCACAUCACCUAAUGAGACUCCGGUGAGCUCCGAAACAACGAAUGAGUCUACAGGGAAGAAGGGGAAGGCGGCCAAGAAGUUGAAGGAUGGAGACUCCGCUGCGACAAACCCUGCGGCAAAGCUCACGCCCACCAUGGCAGAAUCGCUACUCGAACUGAACCCGGCCCUACGGAGCGAACUUGCUGGAAUGGAUAAAGAAAAGGCAAUGGAAGCUCUUCGCCAGAUGAAUAUUUCGGAUCUCCUCACGGGUCUAUCGGUCAACCCGAAGAAUCAGAAGGAUAUGGCGUCGUUUAAAUUCUGGCAAACACAGCCUGUUAUCAGGUUUGAUGACAGGGAGAGCAAGGAACCUGACGGGCCGAUCAAAGUCAUUCAACUUGACCAGGUUUCCCGGGAGACUAUUCCUCUAGUUGAAGGGUUCGAGUGGGUUACGCUGGACAUCGAUGAUGAGGCGGAGCUGAAGGAGCUUUAUGAAUUGCUGGCGAACCAUUAUGUUGAGGAUGGUAGUGCUAUGUUCAGGUUCAACUACUCGCCUGCCUUUUUGAACUGGGCACUCAAAGCUCCAGGGUGGAAGAGAGAAUGGCAUGUCGGUGUCAGAGCUUCCAAGUCUCGAAAGCUCGUCGCAUCCAUAUGUGGUAUCCCUGCCGAAAUUGCAGUGCGUGGGAAACCAUUAAAGGUCACCGAAAUCAACUUCCUCUGCGUACAUAAGAAACUUCGCUCAAAGAGACUUACACCAGUCCUUAUCAAGGAGAUCACACGGCGUUGUUACUUACAUGGUAUUUAUCAAGCCAUAUAUACAGUUGGUAUUAUGUUGCCUACGCCAGUCAGCGCGUGUCGUUACUACCACCGUGCUUUGGAUUGGCUAAAGCUGCACGAGGUUGGCUUCUCGCCCCUUCCGGCCGGCUCAACCAAGUCCCGACAAGUUACGAGGAACCAUCUACCAGGCCACACGUCCACGCCUGGCCUACGCCCAAUGCAAAGCAAGGAUAUCGACGCGGUUCAGAAUCUAGUGAACCGAUAUCUCAAACGAUUUGACCUUUCCCAAAUUCUCAGCCGAAAGGAGGUGGAUCAUUUACUGCUACAUAAGGAGAAACCGGGAGUGGAACAGGUUGUUUGGUCGUACGUUGUCGAGGAACCGGGAACGCACAAAAUCACGGACUUUGCCUCUUUCUAUUCCCUGGAAUCCAGCGUCCUUCAAAACUCGAAGCAUAAGAACGUUAGAGCCGCGUAUCUCUAUUACUAUGCGACAGAAGCUGCAUUUGCGGAAAAGGAGAAGGGGCUCAAAGAGAGGCUUCUGAUGCUUAUGAAUGAUGUGCUAAUUCUCGCUAAGAAGGAACGUUUUGACGUUAUGAACGCAUUGACUCUGCACGAUAACCCGCUAUUCCUUGAACAGCUGAAGUUUGGGGCUGGGGAUGGCCAGCUUCAUUAUUACCUAUUUAAUUACAGAACGGCACCCAUCGCUGGAGGAGUGAACGAGAAGAACUUGCCUGAUGAACGGAAACGGGGUGGGGUUGGGGUAAUCCUCGUCUGAGCUGAAAGUGGCCGAAGGCCCAAGAUUAUUGAAUAUGGUCCAUCGAUUCAAAACGGCGAUGUACCGUGAGGGUAGGUAAGGGCUGUUUUUCUGAUCAUCACAUGAGAAAUGAACGGAUAUUAAACAUCAGUGGCCCAUGGAUAUUAUUGCAUGGAUCAGGGUUACUUACAUACCUCUUUGGUUCGGGCACCAAUUAUUAUUAGAUGUGUAACACUAUGAAUGCCCAAUAUGCUCUCCAUACCUUAUAUUAUUCCCCUAAAACGAGGUGCCUAGCCAAAAAUGUCAGAUAAUCUUCAGAUCUUUAAAAAUUCUUCCAA